GCAGCGCAGCAUGCAAAUGUCGCAGGUGUCACCAGCAGGGAGGGACCGUGGAGGAAACAGUUCCAGAACAACACGGAGCGUCUUUGGCUCUUUACGCGGACGUUUUUGUGAAUGUGUCUUCCACGCAGGUCCUCAGGCUCAUUUAGAGGAAGAUGAGAACGUUCUCCCAUUGGGCUCGCUGACCGUCACCCUGUCACCCUGUCACCCUGCUCUCCUCUCACAGAGAUGUGACAGUAAUGGGUGCCAGAUGUGAUCAUUCGAGUUUUGCGAGGAACCAGAGAGAUCGACGCUGCGGCUGAAGCGCACUUUUUUCUCUCUCUCCAGAUGGAGCCAGACCUGAGGCUGGAGUCGAGUUUGUGGGUCGGGAACAAAAGAUACCGGGCGGUGCUGACAGGCUGGCACUUCAACUGGACCGAGGUGGACAAGAAGAACCGCGACAAGAAAACAAUUUCAGUACCUGUGGCGGAGGUGGUUGGAGUGGAGGAGGGCCGGGUGGAGAUACUGCCCCAGAAGUCGGUUGAGGACACAGACAAAGACUUCACAGUUUUCUAUGUGAAGCGCUUCAGCAGUGGUGGCACUUACGGGUUACUAUGGAGACUGGGCCGGACCCAGUUCAGCUGCCCCAGUCGGGCCCUCAGAGACCAGUGGACGAAACACCUGCGAGCUGCUCUCAAAACCCACAGUCCGCUGCGUCCACACAGGCUGUUGGUGUUCAUCAACCCGUUUGGAGGGAAAAAGAAAGGAAGAAAGAUCUACCAUUCUGUGGUUGCCCCCCUGUUUGAGCUGGCAGGUAUCAGCUCUCAUGUGAUAGUGACUGAGCGGGCGAACCAGGCCAGAGACCACCUCCUGAAGAAAGACCUGGCAGGCUUUGACGGCGUGGUGUGUGUGGGUGGGGACGGCAUGUUCAGCGAAUUGCUCCACGGUUUGAUUGGGCGGACACAACAAGAGGCCGGCCUUUGUGAGAACAAUCCUGCUGUCACUUUGCAGCCUUGUCCGCUGCAUAUUGGCAUCAUCCCUGCAGGCUCUACAGACUGUGUGUGUUACGCCACAGUGGGCGUGAUUGACCCUGUUACUUCAGCUUUGCACAUUAUCAUUGGAGACUCUCAGCCUCUGGAUGUGUGUUCAGUCCACCAAGCCUCUUCUCUGGUGCACUACUCUGUGUCUCUGUUGGGCUAUGGCUUCUACGGUGAUGUGCUGGCUGAAAGCGAGAAACACCGCUGGAUGGGACCUCUACGAUAUGACUACUCUGGCACCGUGGUGUACCUGAGCAACAGAAGCUAUGCAGGCAUAGUUCACUAUCUACCAGCGGACCCGCAGGACUCCAGCCCGAGAGAUAGAACACGCUGCCUCUCAGGGUGCAGUGUGUGCUCCAGAAGCACUGAGAGACUUUUCCAUCAGUCUUCAGAUUCAGGCUCCCUGUACAGCUCCCACAGCAGCCAGUACACCAGUGACUCAGAAGGUGAGUGGGUGACCGUGGAGGGCAGGUUCCGGUGUGUGUCGCUCACUUGCAUGUCUAGCUCUUGUCCCAAGUCGCCUCUGGGCCUCUCUCCCUCUGCCCACCUGGCGGACGGAACAGGGGACCUCAUCCUCGUAUGGGACACUCACCCUCUGGGAUUCCUCAAGUUCCUCUACAGGCACACGACCACACAGGACCAGUUCGACCUGCCGUUUGUGGAAGUCCACCGCGUGAAGGCCGUCCGUUUCUCCCUCCCCUCUGGAAAAGAGGAGGAGGGAUAUGAAGAGAUCGGAGGGACGAGUAGUGCAAUAGAUGAUGAGGAGAGAGGCUACAUCGAGACUGUGAGCAGGAAUGGAUCUCAGCAGCACCUGGCAGAGGGAUGCACAAAGCGACAAACGACAAGCGAGCAGAAAACAGCGACCCCCUUCCUGUGUGGUCUGUGCUGCAGCAAAGCUCCUGCUGUGUCCGUGUGGAACUGUGAUGGAGAGAUCCUGCCCAAUACUGAGAUCAACUGCAGGAUUCAUGGCCAGUUAGUGCGUCUGUAUGCCAGAGGCAUUGAGGACGGAGCAGCUGUACACAACUGCAGCAAGGAACAUGACAACAAGUGUGAAAGGAUAUUCUGAACCAAGUAAUGUAAUCGAAAUGAUUGACAAUGAGAAAAAGGGGGAUGGUAGGGAUGUUUGUAAGGAAAAGCUAAAACCUUGCAGCCUGUCAUGGCCAAAGAGCUCCUUGUAUUUCAGGUACUUUUACAUUGCAAUCAUGAAAAAACUAUUUAUUCUUAUAUUAAUGUGCGUUCAUUGAAAACUGCUCCUAAAAAUACUAUUAACUUAUCUGUAGUGCAGGUUUUUCUGCACAAAAACACAAAUGUGCACUGUUUGUUUGCAAUUUCUGGUCUUUAAAAUGUACUGUACUUUUAAUUGAGCUUUCAGAGAAUAAAAUCAUAAAUCAUCGGGCAGCGUCAAUAGAAGUUUCAAGACAAUAAAUGACUGACCUGA